AUGGACUAUAAUAGAAUGAACUCCUACUUAGAGUACCCACUCUGUAACCGGGGACCCAGCGCCUACAGCGCCCACAACGCCCCUACCUCCUUUCCCCCUUGUUCGGCUCCGGCCGUUGACAACUACGCAGGCGAGGCCCGCUAUGGCGGGGGGCUGCCCAACCCAGUGCUCCAGCAGAACCCUGGCUACCCGACGCAACAGCCGCCUUCAGCGCUGGGGGUGCCCUUCGCUAGCUCCGCGCCCUCGGGAUACGCCCCAGCCGCCUGCAGUCCCAGCUAUGGGCCUUCUCAGUACUACCCUUUGAGCCAUCCUGAAGGAGAUGGAGGCUACUUUCACCCCUCAAGCUAUGGGGCCCAGCUGGGGGGCUUGUCCGACGGCUACGGAGCCGGGGAAGCUGGCCUAGGGCCUUACCCUCCGCCGCAGCCCCCUUACGGGAACGAGCAGACUGCGAGCUUUGCUCCGGCCUAUGCUGAUGUCCUCUCCGAGGACAAGCAGCGGCCCUGCGCAUCAGAACCCAGCACCCCCACGGCCCGGACCUUCGACUGGAUGAAGGUCAAGAGGAAUCCACCCAAGACAGCAAAGGUGUCGGAGUUGGGCCUGGGAGCACCCGGCGGCCUCCGCACUAACUUCACUACGCGGCAGCUAACCGAGCUGGAGAAGGAGUUCCACUUCAACAAGUACUUGAGCCGGGCCCGGAGGGUAGAGAUCGCCGCCACCCUAGAGCUCAACGAGACGCAGGUCAAGAUUUGGUUCCAGAACCGCCGCAUGAAGCAGAAGAAGCGAGAGAGGGAGGGAGGCCGGGCGCCCUCAGCCCCACCAGGCUGCCUCAAAGAGGUGGCUGGAGACGCCUCGGACCAGUCGGCAUGCACCUCCCCAGAAGCCUCACCCAGCUCCGUCACCUCCUGA